GGGUUUCCGUUACGCGCAAUGACCCUCAGUCACUCGCCGUUUUUCUUCCUGCACAGGGCUCUGUACACCUCUUCACUCUUAUGGUCACCAAAAGAUACAUUUUACAAGUGAAUAGUAACUAACUAGUAGAUGCCCUAAUUCAAAAGACAUUUUAAAGUAAAACAAGACGUCAAGGCCAGAAAUACAACCAAAAGGAAAAGUUUGGAAAUAAAUCUAAGUGUACUUAUCAACUGAGCAUGAUUACAAUGAGGCAUUUGUCUGUAACACUUAAAGUGGCACUUUCAAUUUUCUCACUCAAGCUCUGAAGUCAGCUAUUAAUUUGGAAGGAAACUGUGCUUGCGUGGAUAUACACGAAGAUGAAGACACACACACGCUCUGGGUUGUGUGCGUAAGUAAACACAACGGCCUUAUAAAUAUAAAUUGCAGUCAAUGGUGCUGGAAUUCCUUUGCACUCAGUCACCCAGUCACUUGUCCUCUCUCCUUUCACUUUGUACACACCCCCAGCAGGUGCUUUCACUUGAGGUUUAGUUUGCUGUUGUGCUUUAGGCUGUGUCUUUUAGGUUCAGUGAAAUUGUGCCAAAAAAAAGCUUGUGAGGGGGAUCCCAGGCCUCAGCCUGGGGCUCAGCAUCAGUCAUCAAGGAAAAACAGACUGUGGACUGCCUGCUUCACCUUCGUUCAUAGGCAGAGAACCGCAUCUGCAUUGAAGCGUUCUUCCAUCAGAGCAUCUUUACAGAGAUGUCGAAUCCAGUGAGCGGCUUACCAGAGAGCUCUGGCUUUGUGUCCCGGAUUGGGAUGACAGAGGAUUCACUCGUCUUCCGCGAGCGAAACAGAUGCUCUGAAGACCCCUGGGACACAGUUGACAUCAAACCCAACAUAGAAGCUCUGGAGCGUGGAGCGGGCCUCUAUCUGUCCUGCUACGACAUGCUCCUCACUGAAGAUGCCGCCUGGGUGGUGAAAGUAUCAGAGGGGUCCACUGCACUAGCAGUACCCAUGAAUCGCAUGGAGAGCCGAGAGGAGCCAGAGCAGUGCCCUGUCAUUGAUAGCCAGGAGCAUGGACUCUCCCCUGGGCUUGAGGGUCAGAUGGAGGAUCGUUCUCUGGAGCAGGUGCAGAGCAUGGUCGUAGGGGAGGUGCUGAAGGACAUUGAAACAGCCUGCAAACUGCUCAACAUCACCCCAGACCCUACAGAGUGGAACACGGGGAAUGUCCAAAAGUGGAUGCUGUGGACUGAACACCUGUACAGGUUGCCCCAUGCAGGAAAGGCCUUCCAGGAGGUGACAGGGAAGGAUCUGUGUGCCAUGAGCGAAGAGGAGUUUCGGCAGCGCUCCCCACUGUGCGGAGACACGCUGUACGCUCACCUGGAUAUAUGGAAGUCAGCUGCCUGGAUGAAAGAGAGGUGCUCAGCUGUAGAUACCAAAGCUACAGGCUGUGAGGAGCUUUGGUCCGAGGCGGAUUCAUCCUGUUCGGGUCAACCGAUUCAUCUGUGGCAGUUCCUCCGAGAGCUGCUGCUCAAACCUCACAACUAUGGUCGCUGCAUACGCUGGCUCAAUAAAGAAAAAGGUAUUUUUAAAAUCGAAGACUCGGCUCAUGUGGCGCGACUGUGGGGACUCAGGAAGAACAGACCUGCUAUGAAUUAUGACAAGCUGAGCCGCUCCAUUCGGCAGUACUACAAAAAGGGAAUCAUUCGCAAGCCUGACGUGUCUCAGAGACUGGUCUACCAGUUUGUUCACCCAGUAUGAGGCUUCAGGAGACUGGGAUGAUGAGAAGGAGACUUAUGACAAGAAAACCAAACUAUAUCUAACAAUGCACUUGAACAAUUAAACCCAAGAUGAAAAGUGACUUUGGACACAUGCACUGAUAAACGUGCUUUCCUCUGCAGAAGCAAUGAGGAUGAGAGAAAAUAAUGCGUUUUAUGCUUCUUUUUUUUUCCUGCUGCAGAAUCAAGCAAACACAUAUUACAAUAAACAAACUGCCUUGUUGUUUGCAUGAUCUGCCUGGUGAUGGUUCCAUGAUUAAAUUCAGAUGUCACAGCUCCGCGCCUUUGCUUUAACAAACAAGCUUCAUGCAGUCGCGCCUUUCCUACUCCUAUGCUUAUUAUGACUUCUGUUUCAGUCAUCCACACCGCCACCAGGUAAUCUUGUGUUUCUGGACCUGUUAAGCCACAGCAGGCUUCUAUAUUCCAUCUGGGAAGGACAGGAAAGGACACUUCAGCAGUUUUGAUGAAUUUGGAUGCACAAGUGCAAUUCUUAAAACUUGCACUUAAAACUCUCCAUUCUGUGGUGGAGAUGAUAAGGCCAAUUUUGUUUUUGUCUUUCUCCGUGAUAAGAGUGACAUUUUCUCCAACAGCGCUGCUGAGGCGCUUCAUGGUUUAGCUUGUCAGCUGUGGUUUAUAUAGCUUUAUAUAGAUUGCAUUUUAAGUUGCUGAUGUGCGAGGACCAACAUGCUGAACCAAUUAUUCUCAAUUCACUGUCAUGUUGCUAACAUGAAAACAUCCUAAUGCAACUAUUACAGAUGUUAAAUGAAGUGGACUAGUAACCAUGACGUCAAGUGGAGUGCCUUGCAUCUUUGAAAAUAAGAUGUUCACAUUUUCCUAUAUUAUUGCUACAAAUGUUAGUGUAUUUUAUUAGGAUGAUUUUAUAUUACAGAACACACAGUAAAUGUGGAGUGAAAGGAAACAUUGUCUAAAUGUUUACAAAUAAAAUUCUGAAAAGUGCGGUGUGCAUUUGUAUUCAUCGCUGCUGAGUCCAUACUGUGAUCGACCACCUCUCUGUGCAAUCAGUUGCGAACCUUGGAGCGAACGCCUCUACCAGCUUUGAACACAAAAAUCUUGCCCAUUUCUUUCCAAAAUAUGCCGGGUACAGUCAGAUUAAAUGAAAAAUAUGCCGGGUACAGUCAGAUUAAAUGAAAAAUAUGCCGGGUACAGUCAGAUUAAAUGAAAAGCUUACCUACAUUCAUUUGGAUCUGGAACUUCAUUGUGCCAUUCUUUCAUAUGAAUAUGCCUUGAUAUAAACAAUUUUCUUGUAGCCCUGAUUGUAUGUUUACACUUGCGGUUAUGGAUGGAAAAGAAAGGGGAAAACUCAAAAGGAGAGA